UUUGAUAACAAGUCAGAGGUCUCUAUAGGUCAGAGGUGGUGUUCGCGGUUGCGUCAGCAUGUCAGACAGAAGUAUAUAGGGCCAGGCCAAACAGGCUGUCUUCACUUCCCGAAUCCAGACUCUCCGGUCAGCUAUCUGAAGAACAACAGUCACGUCUAAAAAUGAAACUCUCCGUUGCCAUCGCUGUGCUGAUGCUCGUGCUGGCUGCGCACUCUGAUGCCCAGGAGGCCGAGGUGGCCGAGCCCACAAUCGAGCAACGGUUUGCUGACUUCCAGCAGCAGAUGCAGACACUGACUGAUGACCUGGGUGAGAAGACCAAGGCCGCCCUGGAGAAGUUCCACACCAGCGACAUUGCCGUCAAGACCAAGAGCUUCUUCGCUGAGCAGUUUGAGAAGAUCAAGGCUAAGAUUGACGAGACUUUCCCCAAGGAGAGCUAAGAGACCAACCAACAUCACCCUCUCUGUGAUACCUCCUUUGGGCUGCCUGCACUAACUGACUCCAUGUGCCAAAUGAACUCUUUUGACCUUUUGUCGUGAUGCUAAAAACACAACAAUUCUGUUACAAACACAGCAUUGCUGUGCUAAUCCACAGUCUGUUUUUAUACUCACUGGGAGUAUUGCCUAAUUAUGCAAAUGUUUUUUUUUUCUCUCCUGAAAACCACUAAAAGAAAAUAAAAUAUGAAUAUAAUGUGA